CCCAAAUUGAUUUUUGUUUCCGAAGCUCACUGAAAAAUAUCACACAGAACAGAGAGAUACAGAGAGAGAGAGAGAGAGAGAGGCAUCUCCGGAAGUUCCAUGGAGACUGCAAUCUGCGGUCGAGUUGCUCUUUCCCCACAUCACGUUCUCAGCAAAUCGGGGGAUAGACAUUACUUUAAUAAAAAAUGCUCUCACAGAAGCAGUUUAACGACAAUGUCCACCACUGCAUUAGGAAAGGGUGGUGGGUUGUUGGAGAGGCCAACCGUAGAGACAACACCUGGUCGGGAGUCUGAAUUUGAUGUGAGAAAAUCAAGGAAAACAGCCCCUCCAUACCGUGUGAUGUUGCACAAUGAUAAUUUCAACAAGAGGGAGUAUGUCGUCCAAGUGCUCAUGAAGGUUAUCCCUGGAAUGACGCUAGACAAUGCCGUUAACAUCAUGCAGGAGGCACAUUACAAUGGCCUCUCGGUCGUGAUUAUAUGUACUCAAGCAGAUGCAGAAGAGCACUGCAUGCAGCUAAGAGGUAACGGGCUUCUGAGCUCUAUUGAGCCUGCCAGUGGUGGAUGCUGAAGUUAACAAUGAUGGUCAACUUCUCUAUAAUGCUCUUUGUAGUAGUUGCAUUCGGCAUCUGAGUAUAGAGUCAACUCUUAUGUAUAUAGUAGAUGGAAAACGCUCAUAGUAAUCAAAAUGCGACUCCCAUAUUUCAGAAACUA